AUGGCGAAGAGCACUCCACCGACAUCGCCAGAGGCUCGCGACGAUGGUCCAACAGAUAUCAUGCAGAAAGAAGAGGCACGAAUGGCAGAAGCAAGACGCAAGGAGAGCGAGAAGCGUGAGCGCAAGCUGGCGGCCGAGCGCGAGAAGGAGAUCAAGGGUGGCGCGGGAGCAGUCGACUCGAAGUUCAAGGCGCUGGAGUACCUGCUCAGUCAGAGUAAGCUGUACUCCACGAUCAUGCUACAGCAGAUGACGCAGCAGGAAGAGGCACAAACGGCCAAAGACGACCGAAGUAAGAAGCGUGCUGCGAAGCGAGAAGCCAAAGCCGAGGAGGCAGCGCAAGAGAGUCAGAAGAGGACGACCAGAGGUGGAAUCACGCGGGAGGAGACCGGCGACAGCGAACAAGCAUCGCCUCAGAAGAAGCUUCCAACCCGUGGUAGAACAGCUAAAGGUAGCAAGAAUGGCAAGAUAUCUGAUUAUGUCAACAAGGAGGAUGUGCAAGCCAAAGCUGGGCAGCAAUCGAUCUCAGAGGCACUCGCGGACGAAAACAAAGAUGCUGAUGUCCAGCCUGGAGACAUUGGUAUGCAAGAUCUGCGAUCUGCCAAGCAGCCGGAUAUGGUCACUGGUGGAUUGAUGCGGACAUAUCAGCUCGAGGGUCUUGAAUGGCUGAUAUCUCUGUACGAGAACGGUUUGAACGGUAUCCUUGCGGAUGAGAUGGGUUUAGGAAAGACGAUCCAGACGAUCUCCUUUAUUGCCUUCUUGCGUGAGAAGGGGAUAAAUGGCCCUUUCUUGAUUGCUGCACCACUGAGCACGACAAGUAAUUGGGUCGCGGAGUUCACGAAAUGGACGCCGGACAUCCCGGUUGUGCUGUAUCAUGGCAGUAAGCAGGAACGCGAAGAGAUCCGGAACAAAAGGCUGCGCAACCCCAGUAGUCCAGCAUUCCCGGUCAUCUGCACCAGCUACGAGAUAUGUAUGAACGACCGCAAAUUCCUGCAGCAUUAUGGCUGGAAGUUCAUUAUUAUCGACGAAGGUCACCGCAUCAAGAAUCUGGACUGUAAGCUCAUUCGCGAUCUGCAGUCGUAUCAAUCGGCGAAUCGACUUCUCAUUACUGGCACACCGUUGCAGAAUAACCUCACCGAGUUGUGGUCGCUAUUGCAUUUCUUGAUGCCCAAUAUCUUUGAUAAGCUGGAGUCCUUCGAAUCAUGGUUCGACUUCAGCUCGUUGAAGGAGAAGAAUGGAUACGAGCAGAUCUUGUCAGAGGACCGUCAGAAGACUCUUGUUACCAGUCUACAUGCUAUUCUGAAGCCCUUUCUGCUGCGUAGAGUUAAGGCUGAUGUCGAGACUUCAUUACCAAAGAAGCGCGAAUAUGUGCUGUACGCACCGCUAACGCAUACGCAACGAGAGCUAUACACUGCUAUCCUCGAGGGCAACAGUCGUAGCUUCCUGGAGGACAAGAUGGUCGAAAGCAUUAGUGGAAGGUCAACCCCAGCAAGUGUUCGCAGUCGAAGUCUCAAGCGCAAGGCUCUUGACGAUGUGUCCACGCCAAACAAGAGCGCAAAGUCGAGCCGGGCGUCAACUCCUGCCAUGAGCAAUGGUGCCAGUGCAAAAACGAGGAAAGCUAAAAAGAGCCAGAACUAUGAAGAGUUGUCGGACACGAAAUACUUCCAGCAGCUCGAAGACGGCUCAUCAUCGAACCUUGAAGACGAUGAGGAGCAGGACGAAGUAGAGACGGAACGAUCCAAGACACUUGCACUAGCCAAGCGCGAGAUCUCGCAGAAGAAGUUACAGAAUCCCAUCAUGCAGCUACGACAAUGUUGCAACUCGCCACACAACUUCUACUAUCCCUUCGAUCUAAACGACAACACACCUGUAGACGAGAGCCUGAUCACCGAGUCCGGCAAGAUGCUGCUACUUGAUCGGCUGCUACCAGAAUUGAUCAGCCGAGGACACAAGACGCUUAUCUUCUCCCAAUUCAAGACACAACUCGACCUGCUGGAGACUGAGACCAACAUCUUUCUGCUUUCCACCCGUGCGGGAGGUCAAGGCAUCAACCUGGCAUCGGCAGAUACAGUCCUCCUCUUCGACAGCGAUUGGAAUCCGCAACAGGACUUACAGGCACAAGACCGAGCUCAUCGUAUCGGUCAGACGAGACCCGUGAUCGUCUACCGCUUCGCAACCAAAGGCACAGUAGAGCAAAUGCUGCUCGAGAAAGCAGACAGUAAGCGGAGACUGGAAAAGCUUGUUAUACAAAAAGGUCGUUUCCGCAAGGGCGCGGAAGUGGCUGGGGCGGACUUCACUGAGCUGCAGAAGCUGUUGGGGAAGGAUGAUGGGGAGAGGAUUGAUUUUGCGGAUGGGCAGGUGUUGCUGAGUGAUCGGGAGUUGGCUAUCUUGACGGAUAGGAGUGAGGAGGCUUUUACGAGGGCGAAGAAGGGAGAGGACGCUGUUGGGGAGGCGUUCAAGGCUGUGGAGACUAAGAAGGAUGGGGUUGGGUUGCUUGAGAGUUUACAGAAGUAG